AUGACUUCUGUAGCAAUAUCCGUCGCGGCAGGCGUUUCCUUUGUGACGAUCUCUCCUUACGUCUCCACUUUUCUCUGUCACAAACUCCGCCUCACUCAUCAGCUCGUCCUUUCCGCAUUGUGCACAGCUGACAUUUUCAAGGCAAAGAUUCCACCACCGCUUCAAAUAGCACCUUCUCGUGCGCGCCGACAGUUUGCUCUCCGUCUCGCUCAACGCAAGGCCGAACUCGAAGGCAAAAUCGGCGAUGACGACGACGACGACGACGACGACGAUAGCGAGAAGACUCAAGAACAAGAAGAACGAGAGGGGCACCAACGUUUCGCAAAGAUGUUUGAAGAUAUUGAGAGCGACUCAGACGAGGGGAGCUUGGGUAGUAUCGAUGAUGAGAUUGUGGGCAGGCUGGACGUAGAAGGCCAGUCUAGUCCUGAAAAGGAGCGCAGACCUGAGGGCGGCGCAUCGAGCAAAGAGAGCGGAGGCGAUAAUGUGGUGGUUGUGUAG